AUGUCCAACCUUCCUCACGAGCCUGAGUUCGAGCAGGCCUACAACGAGCUCGCCUCCACUCUCGAGAACUCUUCCCUCUUCCAGAAGAACCCCGAGUACCGCAAGGCUCUCCAGGUCAUCUCGGUCCCUGAGCGUGUCAUCCAGUUCCGUGUCGUCUGGGAGGAUGACGCCGGCAACGUCCAGAUCAACCGCGGUUACCGUGUCCAGUUCAACUCGGCCCUUGGUCCCUACAAGGGAGGUCUCCGUUUCCACCCCUCGGUCAACCUUUCCAUCCUCAAGUUCCUCGGUUUCGAGCAGAUCUUCAAGAAUGCCUUGACCGGCCUCAACAUGGGUGGUGGUAAGGGUGGUUCCGACUUCGACCCCAAGGGCAAGACCGACAACGAGAUCCGCCGCUUCUGUGUCUCUUUCAUGACUGAGCUCUCCAAGCACAUUGGCGCCGACACUGACGUCCCCGCCGGUGACAUUGGUGUCACUGGCCGCGAGGUCGGCUUCAUGUUCGGCCAGUACAAGAAGCUCCGCAACCAGUGGGAGGGUGUUCUCACCGGUAAGGGCGGCAGCUGGGGUGGUUCGCUCAUCCGCCCCGAGGCCACCGGUUACGGUGUCGUCUACUACGUCGAGCACAUGAUCAACCACGUCUCCGAGGGCAAGGAGUCCUUCGCUGGCAAGCGCGUCGCCAUCUCCGGCUCCGGCAACGUUGCCCAGUACGCCGCCCUCAAGGUCAUCGAGCUCGGCGGUUCCGUCGUCUCGCUCUCCGACUCCCAGGGCUCUCUGGUCGUCACCGGCGAGAAGGACAGCUUCACCCCCGCUGAGAUCAACACCAUUGCCGCCCUCAAGGUCGAGCGCAAGCAGCUCACCUCCAUCAUCAACGACGCCGCUUUCGCCAACAAGUUCAAGUACAUCGAGGGUGCCCGUCCCUGGACCCACGUCGGCAAGGUCGACGUCGCCCUCCCCUCUGCCACCCAGAACGAGGUUUCCGGCGAGGAGGCCAACGCCCUCAUCGCCGCCGGCUGCCGCUACAUCGCCGAGGGCUCCAACAUGGGCUGCACCCAGGCCGCCGUCGACGUCUUCGAGGCCCACCGUGAGUCCAACAAGGGCGCCGCCGCCAUCUGGUACGGCCCCGGCAAGGCCGCCAACGCCGGUGGUGUCGCCGUCUCCGGUCUCGAGAUGGCCCAGAACUCGGCCCGCAUCAACUGGACCGCCGAGGAGGUCGACGCCCGCCUCAAGGCCAUCAUGAAGGACUGCUUCGACAACGGUCUCCAGACCGCCAAGGAGUUCUCCACCCCCGCCGACGGCAACCUGCCUUCUCUCGUCGCUGGUUCCAACAUUGCCGGCUUCCGCAAGGUCGUCGCCGCCAUGAAGGACCACGGUGACUGGUGGUAA